AACGACAUGGCAUCUGACAGCUCACCCUGGAAUUGAUUCAUCAUGGCCUCAAGGGGCGCCGGUCUGCCCUUUAGGCAGCUUAUACAGAGCUCGCGCUCAACGACAUUAGCAUACCGACGAGCAAUCAGCUACACUCACCCAUUACGCGCCGAGGUCGAGCAAGACAAGAAUGAAAAGGACAGCAAAGAUAAAAAGAAGCCAUCUCUCUUUGAAUCGAUGAAGGGCUUUAUGUUCAGCAGAGCACCACAACCUGGAGACAAACCAGCCCGAAAACCUCAACCUCCUCCACAAAUACAGCGAACAGGUUCACUAAGUCAGGAUUCUAUCUUCGCUGAUGAGGCUGCUGGCGAAAUUGAGGAAGAAGAAUCAACGAAGCCAAAGGGAUCAGCCAAAUUGGAAGAUAGAUUGUGGGGUAACAUGCUGAGGGUGGUCGAUCCUAAACCGGAAGCACGCAAACGAUGGGAGCGAAAGAUGAUUAUUCGAGAAGUUCGGAAACGCGGCCGUUUGACAAAACAGGAGAUUAUCAUGGCGACAGAGCGUGAGUCGCUUGUCAAGUCUCAUUGGUUCAAGACUUCGGUCAAGAAAUUGACUCCACUGGCACGACAAAUCGCAGGCAAGAACAUCGACGAAGCUAUCUUGCAAAUGCGAUUCAGCAAAAAGAAGGCCGCCAAGGAUGUCCUGGAACAUCUACAGCUCGCGAAAAACACGGCUAUCGUUCGUCAUGGAAUGGGACUCACAAAGGCGGGCGAAUCGGGCCGUAAAAUGGUACCGAUCACUGUGAUUCUGAAAGAUGGCGAAAGACACACUAUCACAGACCCAACAUCGAUUUAUAUUGCACAGGCAUGGGUCAACAGAGGUCCCUUUGGCAGCGACUGGGAUCACCGAGCUAGAGGAAAGAUCAACCUUUUACGCCUACCAUAUACCGGAUUGUCAGUUUUGCUCAAAGAAGAAAAGACCCGAAUUCGCGAGUGGAACGACAGAGAGACGAGAGCUCUCCGUCAACGUAAAUCCCAGUUGUGGGUGCAAUUGCCAGAUCGACCUGUCUCGCAACAGAACCAGUACUACAGCUGGUAACCUACCUUUCAAUACUCUUGAGCAUGUCGCAUAUUCACGAGCUUCUCUUUUCUCUUUGUCUUUAUAAUAAUUCCUCGAUUUAGGCCGACUGUACUAUAGAAAUCAAAUCAUUAUUUAUGGCAACUUUCAGAACACCUCCAAAGAACAUGGUGAUAUAGAUCCGGAUCAUUGCACGACGGUGGCCA